AUGCACAAGUUGUCAGGGGAUCACCAUCCCUACCCAAUCAUUGUACAUGCACUUACGUCUAUUCCCAUCAAAAACACCAAACCGGAUGAUGAAUAUCUCACUACGUUCGCUUUGGUAGAGGUCACCGCUUGUUUUGAUUUAAGGGCUUUCAUUCCCUUCUUUUCAGUCCCUCGUAUCUAUCUAUCUAUCUAUCUAUCUAUCUAUCUAUCUAUCUAUCUAUGUGAAUCAGUUCCUAUGUAUUUAUCUAUCUACUUGAAUCUAUCUAUCUAUCUAUCUAUCUAUCUAUCUAUCUAUGUGAAUCAGUUCCUAUCUAUCUAUCUAUCUAUCUAUCUAUCUAUCUAUCUAUCUAUUUCCUAUCUAUCUAUCUAUCUAUCUAUCUAUCUAUCUAUCUAUCUAUCUAUCUAUCUAUCCGUGUGUCUGUCUCUCUAUGUGAAUUCGUUCCUAUCUAUCUAUUUAUCUAUCUACUUGAAUCUAUCUAUCUAUCUAUCUAUCUAUCUAUCUAUCUAUCUAUCUAUCUAUCUAUCUAUCUAUGUGAAUCAGUUCCUAUGUAUUUAUCUAUCUACUUCAAUCUGUUCGUAUCUAUCUAUCUAUCUAUUCUUCUUUUUCUUCUAUCUUCCGUGUCUCUUCAGGACGGCGUAG